UUAUUGAGGAACAUGGCGACGACAAGUUGUGUGUGGACUAAAGGACAGAUUUUGUACAGGUAUUCUGCGAUCUGUAAUCUGCACCAAGCGACCAGGAGGUUCUCAGAGAGCAGCGACAAAGGCUGGUUCCGUUCCUUAUUUGUGCACAAAGUCGAUGCCAGAAAAGAUGCCCACUCCAACCUGCUGUCAAAGAAGGAGACCAGCAACCUGUACAAAAUUCAAUUUCACAAUGUCAAACCGGAGUGCCUGGAAGCGUACAACAGUCUGGAGGCUGAGGUGCAAAACAGGCUCCAUCUGGACCAGGACUACCCAUGUGAGGUGGUCGGAAGCUGGAAUACCUGGUACGGAGAACAGGACCAAGCUGUGCAUCUGUGGCGAUACAGAGGAGGCUACCCAGCCUUGACUGAAUGCCUGAAGAAGCUGAACAACAACAAGGAGUAUUUAGAAUUUCGGAAAGAGAGGGCGAAAAUGUUGGUUUCAAGGCGAAAUCAGCUCCUCUUGGAGUUCAGUUUCUGGAAUGAACCCUUGCCCAGACCAGGACCCUGCAUCUAUGAAAUGCGCACCUAUAACCUCAAGCCAGGAACUAUGAUUGAAUGGGGAAACCACUGGGCGAGGGCGAUCAAAUACAGACAGGAAAACAGUGAAGCGGUGGGCGGGUUCUUCUCACAGAUCGGCGACCUGUAUGUUGUUCAUCACUUGUGGGCUUAUGAAAGCCUCCAGUCCCGCGAGGAAACCAGGAACGCUGCCUGGCUGAAGGAGGGAUGGGAUGCAAAUGUGUAUUGUACAGUGCCUUUGAUCAGAAGCAUGGAGUCAAGGAUAAUGAUUCCCACCAAGAGUUCACCUUUACAAUAAGAGGAUGAAGGAAGCACCUUCGCCUACUCGCCAGAGCUACAUGUAAAUUUUUUUUUAUCUGCCGGAUGAUCUGUGUUAAGUUCAAGUAUGUAAACAGAAAUGUUUUGUGAUUCUGUAUUUGCACAGCUUACAGCCAGUCCUGACAAGUAAUGAUGCAGUGUUUGUUUGAGUGCAUACGUUCUGAGAAUCCUGAAAUAUGAGGG